UCUUACGUUACCAACCCUAACCCACUCCAAAUCUCCAACGGCCCAGCAGCACACCCUCUCUCAUCCCCUCCCAUGACCCUCGAGCUAGCCAUUCCUCACUUCCUCUCAACGCUGGCGAGCUCAGCCCCUCCUUUUCGCGCAGCCACAGUCCUGCCGGCGCUACCUCUGUUUCACCGCACCCACUGUCCCGUUCGAAGCCCGUUCGUAGGUGCUCCUUGUCUCGGUGUCUCCCUCUUUCGUGCUCUGUUCAAGGCUUCUAGCUUCGAAGGUGCUCUCUUGCGCCGCCGUCGCGCUCCCAUAGAGGAAGAAUCAUCGCAAGCGCCGCCGUUUCCUCCUCCUCUCGGUCAAGCCGUCAUCCACUUCUCAGCUGCGCCGCUGUCUACUUCUCAGUCGUCCUACUCACCGCGGUCCUUGUCGUCCACGACACUCAGUCACGCCACGUCUUCCAUCUUAGGGUAGCGUUUGUUUUCGGAAACAGGACACGGAGACAUGGACAGCACAUUCUUAAAAAGUGUUUGGAAGCAAAGACACACUGAACAUAUUGUCUCCGGGAUAGUUUUUUAUACUUUUGUGCCCACUCUUUUAUGAAGGACAAUGAUGGACACGGGAUUUGGAAGAGGGACACGGACUGUUUUUAUGAAUUUUUUUUCUUUUUUGUCCAUGGUGCUAUUUUUUAUUAUUCCACUGUUACCCCUUCUUAUUUUUCCUAUUUUGCGUUGUUCUCAAAAAGUACUUUUUUUACUCCAUGCUUUUUUUCUAUCUCUACUUUCUUUUUCU